UUCCAACGGUGGAUUCGAAAAGAAGACGGUCACGCUUGGCGACAACUAAUUUCUAGUUAAAUUCGUGAGCAUACACCAUGGGAUUCGUGCUGUCCAAGCUGCGGAAGGAAAAGUCCACGGAGGCGGUGUUGGAGGGGCUGCAGACGCAGAUCCAGGCGUUGGAGAAGUACGUGAUCAACACCGAGGAGCAGAAGCGGCGGUUUGUGACGAACUUCGUGGGCUUCACCAUCGGAGCAUAUAUCGUGGGCUUCGGGCUCUGGUGGUACUUCUACUUCCCGCCGACGAUGCAGGAGUGCUUCAUGUACUUGGUGCCGCUGCUGCUCUUCCCCAUUGUCAUCAUCUUUCUUCGGCGGCUGUUUACGUGGUACUUUCAGCGCAAGCUUAACAAAAAUGGCGAUAAGCUGACUCGUCUGAAGGAGGACAAGCGCAAGAUAUUGGAGCAGGUCAUGGACAAAGAGACCUAUAAGGUGGCAGUGAAUCUCCUGGAGCGUUUUGGCGACAAGAAGCAGCUUCGCAUCAGCGGUGUUCAGACCGGCUCAACGCCCAACCGAUCGCAGAUUGAGCGGUCUCCACUGCCCGCCGCAGUCGCCGCCCGAACUUCAGCUGCCGGAGGACAGCAGCAGCGAUCAUUGGCUCCAUACACCAGUGUCUACCGCAACAAUAACAACAACCAGAGCAGUUCACUGAACAGCAGCGUCAUCAGCACACAGUCAGUGGCACCGAUGACGUCAGCUUCGCCGCAGGUGCGCGCCGUUCAAGAAUUGCGCCGACGAUCGCCUUUCCCCAUCGUGGACGAUCGGUCACGAAGUGCCCUAGAUCGCAUUGUGGACUUCAUCGUGGGUGACAGUCCAAAGGAUCGAUUCGGCAUGAUCUGCAAGGCGUGCCACGCCCACAACGGAAUGCUGCCUAAGGAAGAGUACGAGUACACUACCUUCAGGUGUGCCUUCUGCAAUGUACUUAACCCGGCAAGGAAGAAGCGACCCGUGGCUCCCCGGCUCUCCCUGGAGGCACCUUCGGAUACCGCAACCAAGCGAAACGACAGCUCAGAAAGUGAAUCAUCCGACGAUGACUCUGAUAAGGAGCCAUCUGCACGAAGAGCCCUGCUUCAAAAUGUGCCAUCUGGUGAAGUUGAUAAAGAUUCCACCACCGUAACGGAAGACUUGGCAAUGGAGACUGAGACAAUCGAGACUGGACCUGUAGCCGCCGACGUCGUCAGCACAGCUGAGGUGGCUGCCAGUUCCUGAGGGCACAUCGCCUCCUAGGCACCAGUCGCCAGUCAAGCAAAAUUCUUGGAUUAUUUGCUUUUUAGCUUACUUAUCUAAUUUUUUAUUGGUAAGCAAAUUUGAAAAAGAAUCAUCUGUUAUCAUGAAUUUAUUGUCGAAGAACAAAUACAUUGAAUGGAAUACA